AUGUCUGGAACCGAAGUCUCUGCGGUACAUCGCGCAUUCAGCAACUUGUUGACGACCUUGACUCCUGAGCAGGUCCAAAAAUUCAUGGAGGAAGUGAACGCCUCUACAGUGGCCACUGCGAGAGUUCCUGCAAGUGACUCGACUCAAGACAGGGAGGUCUCACCCUCAAAAGCCUCUUCUACUGCCAUGACAACUCCUGAGCCAACCGAAACUAUUACUCGGCCUGCUUCACGCAAACGUCCUCGAGAGAACGCCAAACUGAGACCCUUGAACUCCUUCAUUGCUUUCCGAAGCUUCUACUCUGCUGCGUUUCCCGAUCUUUCCCAGAAAGUCAAGUCUGGAUUACUUCGUCUCUUGUGGAGCUCUGAUCCAUUCAAAGCGAAGUGGGCAAUCGUGGCCAAAGCCUACUCCGUCAUCCGUGACAAGCACAUUGGACAGGUCACCCUAGAAUCAUUUCUAGCUCUGAUAGGACCGUUCAUUGGGCUCGUUUCUGUUGCAAGCUACCUUGAUACCAUGGGUUUGCAAGUUGUCUCGACUGAAAACAAGCAAUUUUCGCUCAUAAAAUCCAACCCCAAUGCACACAUCAAUCCCAUGGACCUGACGACAAACCUUUCUGUUGACGAUGUUGUUCACUAUUGCUAUCAAAUUGGCUAUGUCGCAGGUAUUCACUUAGACAGUGCCUCUCAAAACCAAGGUGCCGCGGUUUCCAUGGCGGUCUCAGCUCAGUCGACUCCAAAGUCCCCGGCCACUAAAGCAAACAGCACCAAGAGAUUCUCUUUCAGCGGAAAAAAUGCAACAUCUCAAGUUGGAGAACAUGUUACAGCGUCAGACACAAACUCCUCCAAGGAAAAUGGUAAUUCAAAGGGUCUCCAGGUAAACACGUCCGUUGCUCCGACCAACGGCAAUCUUACUCCAGCCAUACCAGUGAACAAUCCCACCACGCCUCCUGCGGCUCCUUCCAACAAUGCGAGAAACUCCGGCACUUACUCCCAGGCUGAUUUUGAGGGAGAUCUGCGUCGUGCCAUGAACAACUUCCCAUUUGGUAACAAUGAUGGGUACUACGAUCUAUUCAACCCUGGGAAUCGGACUCGAGUUUACAACCCAUAUUGCACUCAGUUUGACAACUUUGAUAUUAAUGACUAUGUUGACAUGUGA